AUUGAGCCGUUGUAGAGUCCGUACCAUUUGAAGAGUGCAUUGUAGUUCGAUUAAUAAUAUGUUUGAUCAAUUAGUGAUGAGAAUGCAAGUGAAAGAGUGAGUACCUGUGUGUUUACUGUGUUUUAAAUGAAGGUAGGAGAAACAGGGAACUAAUUUUGUAAUGGGAGACAUGAAUAAGCAUCGAGAGAACAAGAGAAGUAGUUAUCAUCUCUCCAAAGCUUUGCACAUGGCAAGGUUCGCUACAAACAGCAGUGGUCGUCCACAAUUAACUUGUCCGAAAAAGCAGGUUUAUUUAUACAACUGGUCUUUGAUUAGAGUAGGUGGAGAUCAUCCUGAGAAUGACACCGUUGGAAAUGGAAAACUGGUAGCACUUGAAGGCUACACAACAUCAGACUUACUUGACCACGACAAAUUUAGAACUGCACCUAUAGAAACCCGAAUUGAAAAGUUGAAGCUGAAAACAGUUGAUGGGAUGAACAUUCUCCUAAUGGGUAUGAUAGACGAACAACACAGUUAUGAAAAUGGUUUUCCGUUGCUGGUAAUCCAUUUAUUUCUGUUUGGUUUCCCAUAUAAUUGGAACAAUGUUCUUAAUAGAUGCUUUGGCCAACCAAAAUUGAAUGCAAGUGUACUGCCAGCUAGUAAAGAGAAAGAAUCUGUAUGGCAGGCAAAGGAUGAAACUCAGAAUUCUGGUUGUAUAGAAACAUACAUGGAGAACAUGGGAACUGGCAAAUCGAGUUUACUAGAGGCAGAAGAAAAAAUAAUCACAGUGGAGGAAAUGCUGUCCAAAUUGACACCUGGGGAAUCCUUGGCAAGAGGUAGCAAGAGGGGAAGAAAUGGCUCCCAACCUAUUCGAUCAUCAAAACGACUUAAAUGUGGCAAUUCAAGCAUAAACAGUGAGCAAAAAGUGGUGACUCCAUUUGUGGGGUUAGUUGAGAAUUCUAAUCAUACCACAUCUGUAAAACCCAAAAGGAAAGAUAUGACUAAGGAUGAAACUCAGAAUUCUGGUUGUAUAGAAACAUACAUGAAGAACAUGGGAACUGGCAACUCAAGUUUACUAGAGGCAGAGGAAAAAAUAAUCGAAGUAGAGGAAAAGCUGUCCAAAGUGACAUCUGGAGAAUCCUUGGCAAGAGGUAGCAAGAGUGGAAGAAAUGGCUUGCAACCUAUUCGAUCAUCAAAACGACUCAAAUGUGGCAAUUUAAGCAUAUACAGUGAGCCAAAAGUGUUCACUCCAUUAAUGGGGUUAGUUGAGAAUUCUAAUCAUACCACAUCUGUAAAACCCAAAAGGAAAGAUAUGACUAAGGAUCAAAUGUACUUGUGUACGGGAGACUAUAAAAACUUUGAGAGAGAUGAUCAUUUGGCAAAAUCUGACAGUAAGGUGUUGAGGAAGAAAUCUCUCAACUUCUCAGUUUCCCCAGAAGACAAAGGUUCUGUUAAGUGUAAGGAGAAUAUUGUUAAUGAUGUCUUAAGAAGUAUGAAGGAAACUAGAGAAUUGGAGAAGCAGAUCAAGAGUGAAACCGAGCAAUCUCCUUUGGUGAGUGUGCAUUUGCAGCACUUGGAAAACAAUUGUACUUCAGGGGGAGAACAAACACAAAAAACUCAGAUGCCGGUUUCAGAAUUUCGAUAUCCGAUACCUUUGGAUACACCAGUCACAAAGAGAAAUAGAAUGAAUAAAUCUUCUCAAGCAUCAAGGGGUCAAUUAUGUGUUAGAUUUGAAAUUACAGACGAGGCUGUAAAAAAAGCCUCUGAUGUUGAACAUGAGAUUCAUAGUGACAACAUCAUCUGUACAAAGAGAUCUUCUAAAACAUGUGAAAAAAACAUCCUAUCUCCAUCCGAUUCAGAGUCUACAGCAAUUCCUAGUGAAACAUGUUUAUCUUACUCUGCAGAAAAUAAGCCCUUUUCAUUACCAGAAAACCACCUAAAUAGUAAUGUCACCAAAUGUGUGAAGCAUGUGAACGAAUUGGGCACAGAGAGAAAGAGAAGGCCUAGGACUAGAACAAGGUGUACAGAUCAACCUCCUCAACUUUCAGAUUCAUUUUCAUGCCAUCAGACCAAUGUGAAUGAUAAUGUGACGUUGAAAUGCAAUGAUAUAAAGGCAACUUGUAGUACCACUUCUUACAAGGGACCAAGCACAAUUGAACAUUGCACAGCUUCUGAGAAUUGCACUGAAAUUGGUGAGAAUUGUACAAAGACAAAUGGCAAUGGGCAAGGCAGCAUCCAAACUCCAAAGACUAGGAUAGAAAUAAAUAUGCAAACAAAAACGAAAAAAAGGCAAUCAUUAAAUAAUAUACCACUUACUCCUCCGCAUCGUGUACAUAGGACUCCUGAGGAGGUUUCAAAAGCUUUUGGCUUAAAAACAUCAAGAUCUGGGAGAUUACUUGUACCACCACUUGCUCACUGGUGCAACCAAACAAUUGCAUAUGAUAUGGAUGGUGGCAUUAUAGCUAUUCUUGAUGCAUCAUCUCAAAGGGAUAAACACUAUGGCAAUUCAAUUUUUAUGCCCCCUGAACAAAAAGAUGCUAUAUUAAUACGCAAAAAGCUGUGCAAUGCAGCAAAUGAAAGUAACUUGACCCUAAGAAGUUCAAAAAAGGCAGGCAAGGAUUGAAUAUUAUAAGGUAGUCCUUGUUAAAGCUGCAGAAUACAACUUGCUGGCUCUUCAAGACAAUCAAGACCAUGGUUCAUUUUUUUUUAUUUUUUCACAAAUACCCAUUUCUUUACCUGAAUGUUUUUCUUAUAGAUCAUUUUAAUGGGUCAAGCUUCCAAAGCAUGUCAGAAAGCUACAAUUCAAGCUAUACGCCAAGUUCAAAAAAAGCCUUUAACAAAAUUGUACUAUAUCACUCACAAAAUUUAGCAUUCAAAUGGGACCCUCAAUUCAUGUUUGCUAUUAAGCUGCGAGCCAUUGAGGUAUAAACGUUGUUGGGUUCAUAUUGUUCUUAUAAAGUAUCUUAAUUGAACAGUGUAUCGGAGACAAAUUAAUUUUCUGUAUACAUGAAAGAAAAUUUAACCAA